AUGAUUCCCCGGACCGAAGUUCUCAUUAUCGGGGCCGGACCCACUGGCCUCGUGCUGGCCCUGUGGCUCACCCGCCAGAACGUCAAAGUGCGCAUUAUCGACAGGCAAGAAGCCAAACCAUCCACUUCUCGGGCGUUGGUGGUCCACGCUCGUCCACUCGAGCUAUAUCGCCAGCUCGGCCUCGCCGACGACGUGGUCGCCAACGGCCACAAAAUCGAAGCUACCAAUAUCUGGGCUGAAGGCACCCACCGCGCCCAUGUACCCAUCGGUGAUGUCGGCAAGGGGUUGACCCCAUACCCGUUUAUUCAUGUAUAUCCUCAGGAUCGUCACGAGAGGUUACUGGAAGACCGCUUGAACGCGAUGGGGGUAACGGUGCAACGGAACUGGAAAUUGGUCGACUUUGAGGAGCACGACGAGUACAUCUUAGCUCAACUGAAAUACACAUCCGAGCAGCCAAGUUCAACAGAGAAAACAGAGUUCUGUGAAGCAAGGUACAUCGUGGGCUGCGACGGCGCCCACUCCGCCGUCCGUCAUCUUUGCAACAUUGCCUUCGAAGGUGCAACGUAUCCCCAGCUCUUCUAUGUAACCGACAUCGAGGGCAGCGGGCCAACGAUGAACGGCGAGGCGCACGUUUCGCUCAAUGGAUCCGAAAUCAUGCUAUCUCUCGCAUACGACACAAACCGACGAGCCCGUCUCGCGGGCGCCGUGAACGAAGAACACGUAACCAAAGACAUUUCCGAACUGACGCUCGACGACAUCCUGCCCACCACGAUCAAGAAAAUGGGACUGCAAAUCGACAAAGUGAACUGGUUCACCACCUACCGCGUGCACCAUCGCCUCGCAGCCAGCUUCCGCAAGGGCCGCGCGUUCCUCGCAGGCGACGCAGCGCACAUCCACAGUCCCGUCGGCGGACAGGGCAUGAACACAGGCAUCGGCGACGCCAUCAACCUCGCCUGGAAGAUCGCAGCGGUCGUGCACGGAAAGGCCGAUGCGUCGCUGCUGGACAGCUACGAGCCCGAGCGCCGUGCGUUUGCGAGUACCCUCGUCAAAACUACCGACCGGGGCUUCAGCAACCUCGUUGCCAAAGGAUACGUAGCGAACUUCAUCCGGACUUGGGUCAUACCCACCGUCCUGCCCGUCUUGACCUGGUUUAACAGAGUUAGGCACCGUCUGUUUCAAGGCGCGUCGCAAAUCAUGUUGAACUAUCGCGACAGCGCUCUGUCUGCGGGUACGGCGGGCUAUGUACAAGGCGGCGAUCGGAUCCCGUGGGCGCCUGUAGGGGACGUGGAUAACUUUGACAGCCUGAAGGAAAUUACAUGGCAGGUCCAUGUGUAUGGGGAUUCGAAGCGGGCGAUGGCGGAUUGGUGUCGCGACAAGGGUGUGCCUCUGCAUGUCUUCCCCUGGGAUGGGAAGUAUCAAGCGGUUGGAUUUGGGAGAGACGCAGCCUACCUCAUCCGACCUGACACAUACGUAGCUGUUGCAGAACCGUCAGGGCUUCCAGAGACGUUUGAGCAGUACUUGGAGAGGAACGGAAUUCGUUUGGUCUGA